CUUGGAAAGCAAUAUCUCGCGCCAGACGGGAAUGAAGGGAAUAGGCUCGCGCUAAGCGGACAGGAGGUAAUGCGCGAGCCGGGAGGGCCGGCGAGGAUUGCGCAAGCGCGGCCGACACUGUCGGUCUGGUCCUCCCUCCCCUUAGAAAAUCGCGCUGCAGCUCAAAGCGACGCUGGAGAACGUCACGAACCUCCGUCCAGUGGGCGAGGACUUCCGGUGGUACCUGAAGAGAUAAGUCUGGUUAUGUCCUUGAUUGGGCUGGUUUUAAGGACUGAAGUGAGAGUUCCACCAAGAAGAUGAAAUGUGGCAACUGUGGAGAGAUUUCAGAGAAAUGGCAGUACCUCCGGCUGAUGGAUAGUGUGGAACUGAAGGGAGGCCGUCACAGUGUCUCCAUGGUCCAGAAGUGCAAGCUGUGUGCACGGGAAAACUCAAUAGAUAUUUUGAGUAGCACCAUCCAAUCUUACAAUGCUGAAGACAAUGAGAAGUUCAAGACGAUAGUAGAGUUUGAGUGCCGGGGCCUUGAACCAGUUGAUUUCCAGCCCCAGGAUGGGUUUGCUGCUGAGGGUGUGGAGUCUGGGACAAUCUUCAGUGACAUUAAUCUGCAAGAGAAGGAUUGGACUGACUAUGAUGAGAAGGCUCAGGAGUCUGUGGGAAUCUACGAGGUCACUCACCAGUUUGUGAAGUGCUGAACUCCCUUCCUACACACUUGGUCUUAAGAAUAAGAGGAAACAAAGUGCCCCAAGCAGCAGCACUCAGAGAGACUGACUCCUUCAUCCCUCAUCUCCUAGUUGCUGUAGAGAGCCCUCAUAACCUGCAUGCUGGGGUUUGUCAUGGUUCCCAAGCCGCAUCAAUAAAACUCCUGUUUGUAUCACA